AUGGCAACAGUAGAUCAGGUUGUCGAGCCAGUGUCGCCUGUGAAGAAACCCGCUAUCGAUCCCUCCGUUGCGGUCGAAAAGAGAAUAUUCGUCGGUGGACUGACGCCCUCAAUCCCCGUAUCAGAUAUCGAAUCACGUCUGAAAACGUUCGGUCAAAUACUGAAGCCAGUUGAACUCGUCAACAAGAACGAUGUGCAGAUAUUUGCGUACACAACCAUUAACAUCACCGGCGCACAAUGGGGGAAACUACGACAAUACCUGAAUGGAUCAAAGUAUAAGGGUGCGACACUACGGAUAGAGGAAGCGAAACCGAGUUGGAAGGAUGUUAGGGAGAAGGAGGUUGAGAGGGAGAGGGUGAACCCAACGGCGGUCUUCCCGCACCCUAGGAAGAAGCGGAAAUAUGAUUCUGAAGUCGAGUACGGACGAGAGGUGGAUAAGAUUGACGUGUUAAUGACGGAUGGAGCGGUGAAGAAGGAAUCGACCAAGUGGGUGCGAGGACGGUAUGGACGUGCGAUUGCGUUGAUGCAUGUGUAUGACCAGAAGAAGAAUCAAAGGAAGCUGGUAUUUGACCCGAGGAAGCAGAGAGAUUUCUUGGUGAAGUUGUGGGGAAAUUCAACGACUGGAGAUAUCACCUGGCAAUACGACGAGGAGCGGGAUUGCUGGGUCGAUUCACAUGGGCGGGAAAGGGCAGAGUUGCCGUUAGAGGCCGCACCGAGGGAUAUUACACAAGCCCGAACAAUUGGCGAACGAGCAGGUCAUAUCGAAGAAGCCCCAGCACCUAUUUCAGCACCCGCUCGGGACGCAGAACCUGAACAGCUGCCAGAUCGUGUAUUAGCCAAACUCGCCGAAGAAGCCUUAAAGAAGGUCGAUCGCCCAUCGUGGAUCGAUGAAGACUCCGACGACGAACCCAUCCAUCACAAAGAACGCGGAUUCGAACUCGUAAACACCCACGACCCCAGCCUCGUCGAACAUCUCGACGAAGACGAAGCGGCCGCAACAGCACGUAUCGCGGCCGAAAAAUCGAAGAACUUGGAUAUUCUGAAAGGUCUCAUUGGUGCGGAGCAGGUGGAGGAGGUACAGGAACGGAAGGAGAGGGAGAGGGCAAGGGUUGUUGAGAAGAGUUGGAGUGGGAUUGCGAGGUUUGAUCCGACGGCUGAGGAUGCGGAGCAGUAUGAGGCUCACUCAGAGGAAGAGGAGGAGGAGGAGGAGGAGGAGGUGCCGGUGUUGCGGGCUGAGGAGAAGGAGGAUGGGGAGGAGGGUGAUGCUGUGGCGCGCUUGGCUGGGUCUGCGAUGCCCAAGGUGAGCCAGGAGAUUGAUUCGGCGGUUAAUGUUGGAAACUUGAAGACGAUGUUCACACCCGGAGAAGCCGAUACUGGGUUCUCGCUUUUCGGAGGCGCCAAUUUGGAUUCGGAUAUCGACGAAGACGGCGAAGAGGAGGAGGAAGAGACCUACGACGAACCUGCAGCCGAGCCCGUACACGCCUCAGUCGACACCAGCAAUUAUCGUGUCGCAAACUCCGUCCCACUGUCAAACAAGCGUGGAUGGCUCCCCUCAAACCCACACAACCAAAAUUACCUCUUCUUCCCGCACUACGGUACGAAUCUGGCGAGCCGGUCCGUGUUCCAUGAUGCUGGAAAGGUAUUCUGGCGGACGAAGUCGGAGGAAGAGAUUAGAGAGGCGUGGCGAGCGAAGAAGAUCGAGUUGACGAGGGACUGGAAGAGUAAACGUCGUGAUGCAUUGAGGCGGAAGAAGAAGAUUGAGGCGAGACGUCGCAUGGGUGUAGUGAAAUAA